UGCGAAAAGAUUCUUGUUUCACAGUUAUGUUUUAACAGUUGCAUCGAAAGGAUUAAUUUUUCGAGAUUAUCAAGUGUGGUCUAGAGAACAACAUGUUGCAAUUUUUAUUGGUGGCCUUAGCAGUUUUGCUAACGGCUAAUGCUGAAAUGAGUAUCAACGUUCAAACUCCCAAUGCUCAGAUGUAUCAUCAGCAAAGUAACAAGCAAAACACAUUCACCUACGGUUAUCACACGGUUGGCCAACAAUUUCAACAUAAGGUCAAAGGUCCCGAUGAUGUAACGUACGGAUGCUACGGUUACGUUGAUCCUUCCUUCAAGAAACACUUGGUGUACUAUGUGGCGGACCGGAUGGGCUAUCGGAUUAUUUUCCCGAAUCGAGCGACCAAGAUCUUCACAGCCCGCGUUUCGGACAGUUUAAAUAAGUUGGAUGGAUCUCUUCAGGGUAAGGAGCUCGACGAAAAAGUGGUAGCAUGGAAUGAUCUGUACCUUCCUGACGAAUGCUUCCGAUUGGAUGAAAUAUUGUCCGGAUCUGCUUCGACGAUAUCUGAGCAAACUUAUACUACUCCAAAAUCAACCAGUCAUGUUCAUCACCAACAACGACCGACAGCUUCCUCUUCUUAUGGAAUCGGUCAACAACCUUACCGCCCACAACCAUCGCAGUAUGACAUUCCCUCAACUACUCCUCGAUCACUGCCCCCAAGUAACUCCAGACCAAUUGGAAGUGGAACUUAUCCCAAUGGUUAUGGACAGCCAAAUCAACCUUACCAUGGAGGACAGCAACCUAUUUCACAUGAACCAUCCAACAAUGAUGAUUAUGACUAUAAUUCGUUGGGCAACAAUCAACAACAAGUCCAGCCAACAUGGACCGGAUCUAUUCCGGAUAUCAACCCAGCCAAUAUCAACCUGGAUAACUACGAUAUCGACAUCCGUUUUGGAGAAAAACAAGGGAGCGCUUCUACGGUGAAUCCUCAGCUGAGUCCUCUGGAUCAGAACCGUUGGAAUCUGACCCAGUUGCUUGCCAAGAUCGAGGCGGUGAAUGCGCAAGUGAUAACAUUCAACGUUUUGCUAACUGGAUUAGCUCGGAAUCCGGUAGCCUUCGCCAAUGCCAAUGGAAAUACAUGUCAGCAGAUGAUUCAACUGCUCCGCAAUCAGAACACGACGCCCCAGUUGGUGUAUGUUCCCAUUCUCAUUCCUUACGUUGAAGGUCGCGACAAUUUGAAUCAACCCUUCGCUGUCCCGUCCGAUAAUCCUUAUCAACCGCCGGUACAACAACAGCAGCAGCAGCAACAACAACAACAGCCGCAGUAUCAAAAUCGACACUCAGUUAAAGGAUAAUAUAGGAUUAAAUAUACACAACCGGUUCAAGUAAAUAGUUUAUGUUGCUGUUAAUAAAACUAAAAUUCAAAUUAAAAAA